AUGUCCAACAGCAGCUCCAUCAACAAGUUCCUCCUGGCAUUCGCAGACACAUGGGAGCUGCAGCUCUUGCACUUCUGGCUCUUGCUGGGCAUCUACCUGGCUGCCCUCCUGGGCAACAGCAUCAUCAUCACUGCUGUAGCCUGUGACCAUCACCUCCACACCCCCAUGUACUUCUUCCUCCUCAACCUCUCCCUCCUCGACCUGGGCUCCAUCUCCACCACUGUCCCCAAAGCCAUGGGCAAUUCCUUCUGGGACACCAGGGCCAUCUCCUUCUUGGGAUGUGCUGCCCAAGUCUUUCUGUUUAUCUUACUGAUUUCAGCAGAGUUUUUUCUUCUCACCGUCAUGGCCUAUGACCGCUACGUUGCCAUUUGCAAACCCCUGCACUACGGGACCCUCCUGGGCAGCAGAGCUUGUGUCCACAUGGCAGCAGCUGCCUGGUGCAGUGGUUUUCUCCUGUACACUCUCGACCCAUUUUCACUACCACUCUGCCACAGCAAUGCCCUGGACCAGUUCUCCUGUGAAAUCCCCCAGAUCCUCAAGCUCUCCUGCUCACACUCCUACCCCAGGGAGGUUGGACUUAUUGUGGUUAGUGUCUUUGUGGGCUUUGGGUGUUUUGUUUUCAUUGUGGUGUCCUAUGUGCAGAUCUUCAGGGCCGUGCUGAGGAUCCCCUCUGAGCAGGGACGCCACAAAGCAUUUGUAUAA